GGCCGGGGCGUGGGCCAGGAGGGCCCCGCUCGGGUGGGGCCCCGAAGGGCCGCCCGCGGGCGCCGAGGCGGCGGGCAGGGCCCGGCCGGGGGCCGCGGCGGGUGGAGCUGGGCGCGGGGUGCGGCUGAAGGACGCCCUUGGCCGCUCGGCGGAGAGGCGCUGCAGGGGGCGCGGGGAGGGGGGCCCGGGGCCUCCGGGCCGGUGGGUCCGGUCUCCCCGGAGGCGGAUGUGAGGGUCUGGGGGCCUGCGGGCCCGGGGCCGAGACGCGGGCGGGCUCGCCCCAGCCCCCCCGCCGAGCGCCUGGGGACGCCCGGGGAGCGUCAGAUAAAGGGCGGGGAGCGCCUCGCCGGCCGCGUCCUCUGCCCGCGGCGGGGUGGUGCGCCCCGGAGACGCGCCGGUUUCCGCGGGAGCGUGCGGCGCCGUGGGCUGCCCCCCCCCCCCCCCACACACGCCGGCUUCAUUUGGGAAACGUGUUUUGUUUUGUUUUGUCCCCCCUCCCCCCGGGGGCUGCCCACCCCCCGCCUCCCGCAGGCACCCCCUCUUGCCCCAGACUGGCCGCGUGCUUGUUUGCCUUGGCUUGGGAAAUCACCAGCCUGGGAGCCGGCGACUCCCGACACGGUGCCCGGUGCCGCCCCUGUUCGGGAGGAGGCGAGGAAGCAGCCCGGCCGCCCGCCGCGGGCCCCUGCCGGCUCUCCAGGUCUCCCCCGGUGGGAUUUAUAAGGGCGUUUUCGUGUUUCGCAGACAUCGCAAGCCUUGAAGUUGUACCUUAGCGUCCAGCUUUUUUUUUUCUCUUCCAAGAGAAUGGCGGUACUGCAUUAAGAUGCGAAACUGGCAAGGGUUGAUUCAUGCAGAUGUCAGAGGAUCUAGCAAAACAGCUAGCCAGCUACAAAGCUCAGCUCCAACAAGUAGAAGCUGCAUUGUCUGGAAAUGGAGAGAAUGAAGAUUUACUCAAAUUAAAGAAAGAUUUACAAGAAGUUAUAGAACUAACGAAAGACCUUCUAUCAACUCAACCUUCUGAAACUCUUACAAGUUCAGACAGUUUUGCUUCGAUCCAGCCUACUCAUUCAUGGAAAGUAGGAGACAAGUGUAUGGCAAUCUGGAGUGAAGAUGGACAGUGUUACGAAGCGGAGAUUGAGGAGAUAGAUGAAGAAAACGGCACUGCUGCAAUCACGUUUGCUGGCUAUGGCAAUGCUGAAGUAACACCAUUAUUGAACCUCAAGCCUGUAGAAGAAGGAAGGAAGGCAAAGGAGGACAGUGGCAGCAAACCCAUGUCAAAAAAAGAAAUGAUCGCCCAGCAGCGUGAAUAUAAGAAGAAGAAAGCUUUGAAGAAAGCUCAGAGAAUAAAAGAACUUGAGCAGGAAAGAGAGGAUCAGAAGGUGAAAUGGCAACAAUUCAACAACAGAGCAUAUUCUAAAAACAAGAAAGGCCAGGUAAAGAGGAGUAUUUUUGCUUCACCUGAGAGUGUAACUGGCAAAGUUGGAGUAGGGACUUGUGGAAUUGCUGAUAAACCUAUGACGCAGUAUCAAGAUACCUCUAAAUACAAUGUCAGGCAUUUAAUGCCUCAAUAAGAAAAACUGUUGGAUUUCAUCUCCGCAGGGCUUUACAUUUACCUUUUUAUCCUUAUAUUUUUCUAAAGGUAAAUUAUUUGUUAGAUGAGUAAGGAAAAUGCCAUUGUUGUUCUUUUAUGACUUAAUAGAAUGAAACUUGAAGAAAUUCAUUUGAUAACUGCUAUUCACUCAACUUUUUUUUUUAUUACUACUACACAGUUUUCUCCAAGUUUGUUGGUUAAGCAACCUCUCUAGGUAGAUGCUGCAUAAAUACAGCACUUAAAUGAAUUGGUUUUCCUGAUACCACUUCAUGGAUGGUACAUACUUUUUUAGAUUUUAAGUUGGAAUUUUCAGAUACUUUAAAAACUUGCCGCAUAUCCUAGCAAUUCAAUGGAGAACAUCAAGGCAAAACAGGAACCAGCUAAAAAGAUCUUUUUAAUCCUUCAAGUUAAAACUACUCAUUACCCAAGUAAGCCUAGGUUGGUUUGUAAAUGGCAGAGUUUUUCUUUCAAUAACUUGUUUCCUAUUAAGUCGUCUUUCAAAUGGAUCCAGCUCUAUUAUUCAUUUCAUUGAGUUUAGUUUUAUGUAAGAAACCAUGUUUAGGACCAGUUCUUGAUGGGCUUUUGGGGGUGGUUUGGUUUGGUUCUUGUGUGUAUGUUUGCUUUUUUCCUGCGUUGAUCUUUACUUAAUGGUAGUGGUACCAGUUUUUGGAUGUGUAAUGUUUAUAUGAGAAAACAAAAAGAUGAUGUAUAGCCCUGUAUACACUGUAGAUAAUAUUUUUGUAAAAAAAAAAACAAAACAAAACAAAAAACCAAGGCUGAAUUAAUGAACAAGAGUACUGAAUAUUUCAUCAUUAAAAUUUGACUGUAUUUCUUGUGCAUUAAUCUGACCAGUCUCCCUGUAUAUUAUGUUCAUGUAGCUGAGUUUGUAAUUUUUGUUAACUAGAUCAAGUUGUCAGCAUUUGUUGGUGUAAGUGAACAUUACAGUUACAUCCUGAGUUUAGUUUAAGCCAAAUAUAUGCAUAGAAAAGCGUCUUCCAGUUCAUGGAAGAUGAUGAUUUUUAGGACGUGUGUUAAUUUCAGUUUUUGUAUGUUUAACUUUUACUAAAUAAAAUGUUUCUAAACUCUCCAGGGUGUGUUCACAAACUUUAGCUGCCAACAGUGAUCUAGUAAUUAAGCCUCAUUGUACUUGCACACAUCAUUUCCAUGGACGAGGAUUGAGUGUGUGAUAAAGGUUUCCAUAAUUCUUUUGUACACUUUCCAAUAAACUUAAGAAAUUGGGUCUUAGAGGACACACUAGUUUUAUAUAUUAAGGACUGUGUUGUAUAUAGAGAUGCUUGUAAAUUUUUGAUAGAAGGGGAAAAUAAAGACUUUAUUUUGUGAAUUUAAA